CCGACAGAAGCAACCUGGCUUAUAAACACGGGCUGGAGAUAAAACCCGUGGACAUUAAAAGGCAGAUCCCCCUUCUCGCCUUCACCACCGCCGUCUGCCUCCCCUCUGUUUCCGGGACAUUUUCCAUCUUAUUCAACUUCUCUCAGUCACCGGUCCCAGUUCUUCCCAUAUCCCAGGCCCCUUUUCUGCCUUUAAAUAGCCCAGAGUAAGUGGUAUCCACUACCCACGUUUGCCUUUGUGCUGCGGCCCCGCCAGAGCUACGUCCUUCCCGUUGAACAACCCAUUCACCUCCGUGCUCUCCUGUUCCACUAUAAAACCCCCAAGAAGACGGCUUUGGGAAUCAACAAUCCCCAAGCAUCAUUCUCUAUAUACCAACUUCCAACUAACUCCGCUUCCCCAGACAGCCGGGAAACGUAAACAUGCACGCCCCUACCAAGUUCGCCCUCGGGCUUCUCGCGGCCGCCGCCGUGGCCACUGCCUCCGAUGUUAUCCAGUUGAAGAAGGACACCUUCGAUGACUUCGUCAAGACCAACGACAUUGUUCUUGCUGAAUUCUUCGCCCCUUGGUGCGGCCACUGCAAGGCCCUUGCCCCCGAGUACGAGGAGGCUGCUACCACCCUCAAGGAGAAGAACAUCAAGCUCGCUAAGAUCGAUUGCACUGAGGAGUCCGAGUUGUGCCAGCAGCACGGCGUUGAGGGUUACCCUACCCUCAAAGUCUUCCGUGGCCUCGACAUCGUCUCCCCCUACAAGGGCCAGCGCAAGGCUGCUGCCAUCACCUCCUACAUGGUCAAGCAGUCCCUUCCCUCCGUCUCUGCCCUCACCAAGGACAACAUUGAGGAGUUCAAGAAGGCCGACAAGGUUGUCAUUGUCGCCUACUUCGACGCUGCUGACAAGGCCUCCAACGAGACCUUCUCCAAGGUCGCCGAUAAGCUCCGCGACGAGUACCCCUUCGGUGCCAGCAGCGAUGCCGCUCUCGCCGAGGCUGAGGGUGUCACCGCCCCUGCCAUCGUCCUCUACAAGGACUUCGACGAGGGCAAGGCUGUCUUCACUGAGAAGUUCGACGCCGAGGCCAUUGAGAAGUUCGCCAAGACCGCCUCCACCCCCCUCAUCGGUGAGGUUGGCCCCGACACCUAUGCCGGCUACAUGUCCGCUGGCAUUCCCCUCGCGUACAUCUUCGCCGAGACCCCCGAGGAGCGCAAGGAGCUUAGCGAGGCCCUUAAGUCCAUCGCUGAGGCCCUGCGUGGUGUUAUCAACUUUGCUACCAUUGACGCCAAGGCUUUCGGUGCUCACGCCGGCAACCUGAACCUCAAGACCGACAAGUUCCCCGCUUUCGCCAUCCAGGAUACCACCAAGAACCAGAAGUUCCCCUUCGACCAGGAGAAGGAGAUCACCGCCGACUCCAUCAAGCAGUUCGUUGAUGACUUUGUUGCUGGCAAGGUCGAGCCCUCGAUCAAGUCUGAGCCCAUCCCCGAGACCCAGGAGGGCCCCGUCACCGUCGUUGUCGCCAAGAGCUACAACGACAUUGUCCUUGAUGAUACCAAGGAUGUCCUUAUCGAGUUCUACGCUCCCUGGUGCGGUCACUGCAAGGCUCUCGCUCCCAAGUACGAUGAGCUUGCUACCCUCUAUGCCAACUCCGAUUUCAAGGACAAGGUCGUCAUUGCCAAGGUUGAUGCUACCCUGAACGACGUUCCCGAUGAGAUCCAGGGCUUCCCCACCAUCAAGCUCUACGCUGCCGGUGCCAAGGACAAGCCCGUUGAGUACUCUGGCUCCCGCACCGUUGAGGACUUGAUCAAGUUCAUCUCCGAGAACGGCAAGUACAAGGCUGCUCCCUCCGAUGAGGCCGAGGAGUCCGUUGCCGCUUCCGCCGAGUCUGGUUCCUCCACCGAGACUGGCACCGUUGAGGAGCCCGCCAAGGAGACCAGCCACGAUGAGCUCUAAAGGGUUUCAGUCGAGACGACAUUAAGUAUUUAAUAGCAUCAUCAUUUAUGGGUUUCACUGGGAACAUGGUCUUUGGUUGGGCAACAGUAGCAAUUUUCGGGAAUCUGGGAGUAAGAUACCAAAAGGCAUGUUUGAGGGAAUUCAAUAUAGUCUUUCAGUUAUUAGCGGAAUCUACAAAAAAACGCACAACAUCAAUCUGUUCUAUUCGUGAUGCUUUGAUAAGUGUUGUUAU